AUGCCACAAGCUUGUCCCUAUAGCUACCGGGGGUACAUGCUGCUGGUGCUCUGCAGCCUGAAGGCUACCACUGCCUUUCUCAACUCCUCUCCGCUGCUGAAUCCCAGCUGGGGGAGCACCGAUCACCUGAUGCACUUGUACACAGCUACGGAGAGGAACAGCUUCCACCUCCAAAUCAACUCUGAGGGCUAUGUUGAUGGUGCCCCACACCAAACCAUUUACAGUGCCCUAAUGAUCAAGUCCGAAGGUGCCGGCUAUGUAAUAAUCACUGGAGUGAAGAGUGGACGCUACCUAUGUAUGGACAUGAAAGGAAACAUUUUUGGAUCGCAUUACUUCAGACAAGAAGACUGUGUGUUCAAACACAGGACCCUGGAAAAUGGUUACGACGUGUACCAAUCUCCUAAACACAAUUUCCUGGUUAGCUUGGGCAGAGUUAAACAAGCUUUCUUCCCUGGUAUGAAUCCACCACCAUACUCCCAGUUCUUGUCCAGGAGAAAUGAAAUUCCUUUAUUCCAAUUCAACACACCUGAACCCCACAGAAACACCAGAAGUGCAGACAUCGAUCCAAUGGAUCCUCACCAGAUCCUGGUCCCCCAGAGAAAGGUCUCCGCAUUAGGAUCCCAGCUGCAGCUGCAGGCAGACUUUUCCCAUGUGCCCAGAGAACCUAUGAGAAUCAAUCAGAAUGACGUGGUCAACCCAGACGACCCACAUGCUAUGAUGGAUGCCAGGAGGCAUGUAAGUCCUCGCUUCUAUAUUACAAGAUAAAGGGGCCACACCACUUGCAAAUUGAAGUAAUGGGUGAAUAUGAUAGAUAAAAAGAACUGGCUUGCAUACUUCCAACUUUCAGAAUGACUAUUAGAAACCUAAAAGACAAUGGAAAAAAGCUGAAUUUCAAAUUACACCCUUAGAGAUGACAGUUCACUGAAAAAAACAAAGAGUAUGUUUUCCAAGUGAGGCUCUAUUCUACUGGAAAGAAGAAACAUCUGCAAAAAAGAAUAAUACAAACCAAACUUUUGGGGGCUUGAAUCACCUUUUGUUUGCAUCAGUGGACAGAACUCACUUGAACGAAACAUAAGAAAUGGAUGUUACAUUACUGGUGUAGCUGGAAAGAGACUUGGGCUCUGCAGCCCUCAUUCUGGCAGAAGCAGGGAAUCAUCUAAUUAGCACAAUAGUAGACAGUGCAAGCACAGCAUAAAAGAUGUCUGCUGUUAUAUUCUUAAAAAAAAUCUUUAUUGUAUAUGGUUUUAGCUGGUAGGAUUGGAGCUGUAGUCUCUUUUCACACCCAUAGAAGCCAAAAAGUGACUGCUCUGUUGUUAAAGGAGCUGCACACUGGAAAACCAGAGUAACUGGCAAGAGAACAGGGAUCAAAUGGUUUUGCAUAGAAAGAGUCAGUUCUGACUCCUUUUAAAUCCAAGCUGAGGUUUGGAAAAAAACAAGUAGAGUCCAAAUGUUCUCUCAACUCCUUCUUUAUCACACUUCUAUAUUCACUUAAUUCUAGGGUCAAAAUAUAGAAAUAUAAUGUAAAAACAUUAUUUUAAUGUAUUUCCAAC